AUGACGCUUACUGCCGAGGAAAGAAGACAAAGAAGAAUGGCGAAGAUACUGGAGAAUCCGGAGGGAAGAAUUCAGCGAAUUUUGGGAGAAAAUCGGCUCCCACCGGCGAUGGAAGGCGGAGAAUGCUUUAAAAUUGAAAAAUCCAACGAGAUUGCCGAAUUUGCGCCGCCACCUUUUGCACCAAUUAUUGCUGGCGAUGCGCCAAGUGUUACGCCAACUGUGGCACCAAAGAAGAACUUUGAUGUCGCGGCUUUUGCAUUUGUUUUGGGUGGGUUUUUGAAAAUAUUUGAAAUUUUGAGAAAUCCGCAAUUUUUCGAGGAGAAAAUGCAGAAAAACAUGAAAAUUGACGCAGAAAUGCAGAUUUUUCAAGAAAAAUGCAGACGAGACGUGUCCAAAAUGGACACUGUACAAAAGCUUUCAAAGGUCACGCUGUACAUUUUUUCACGAAAAAAGUGUAGUUUUCAUUGAUUUUCAGCCGAUUUUGAUGAAAAUUUUCAAAAAUUCAAAAUUUCACGCUGCACAAUUUUUUUUUGCAAAAAUUUUUCACGCUGCACAAAAAUUUUGGGACACUCUCUCGUCAGGUGUGGCAAAAUUGCAGAUUUUGCCCAAUUUUCACCAAAAUGCAGAUUUUUUUCCAGGUUUGGCCUCAAGAUUCCUAAUGCUCUUCACCGGUCCGAUAAACAUCGGAAUUCUAUGGAUGAUUUUGUAUUUUUCGAUUUUUUUGCGAUUUUCGACAGCUGGAAUCAAUCCGGAUGUUCGAAAUGAUAUUAUGGUUUUUAUUGGAGCACUUGGCGAGGAUCAUUUUGUCAAGAAGCUUUGUGAGUUUUUGAAAUCUGGAAUUUUGACUGAAAAUCUGAAAAAUUUGACUCUGGGGGUCAAAAUUCACCAAAUUUCUCGAUUUCUAGCUGAUUUUCAACCAAAAUCAUCAAUUUUUGCAGUUAACGCCUUCUUCUAUUUGCUGGAAUUCAUCCAAACCACCAUAACCUUCGUCGCUUCUCAUCUACUAAUCCACACUUUUAUGGAAAUUUUCGACAAUUUCCACAAAUUCGAGCUAAUUUAUUGA